UCUUUUAUCAAAUAUCCUGAAACAAAACCCAUAUAACUCCCCGCUUGAUCCUGGUUAAAAGAAGAAAAGCAAGUGAGAGCAAAAAACAGAAAAUACCUUUUUCUAUUUUCUUGUUGAUACACCAAUAUUGGUGAUGUUGGCCGAAUAGAUACAGUCGAAUAUUAUUAUGUGGUUGGUUGUCAAAUGCCACAUAGCGAACAUUGAUUUGUGGAAUGGGGCCAACACCUAUACAUUUAUAAACAAACAUUGGCCGAGAGUGCAUUUUUUGAUUGGCGAAUGAUCGCAUUUGGUAUUGGUUUCGUGACUUGGUACAAGGUUUUUAAAUAUAUUUAUUUUGUGAGAUUAAAUGUCGUGGAACAAUGACGUCGUAUUGGAAUUUUUGGAACUGUACAGACGCGAACAACACUUAUGGGACCCGAAACAUCCUUUGCACAGAAAUAGAAGUGAAAAUAACGAUGCAUGGCUACGAAUACAGUCGGCUUUGUCUGUCAACUUUUCUGUAGUAGAUCUUAAGAAAAAGAAAGAAUCGCUCAUGACAUCAUUUAGAAUGCAUUUACAUAAAAAGAAGAAAUCUCACGAUGGUUAUUGUACAACUUGGUUCGCUUAUCCUCUAAUGGAGAGUUUUCUUGGCGGGAAAUAUGAAUGCGACAGCACCAACCAAUUGGAACAAGAGUUUUACAAUGCCGGUGGGUAUACACCACAAAAUAGCAAUUUAUUAGAGCACAAUACAACCAAAAUUAUUGGCGUACUCGACAGAAAACAAAGCAAAAAUAUUUCGUCGAAUGUUUCCAAGGGGAAAAAAGGCGGAAAUAGCUCCGAGUACAUUUAUCCAAAAAAACAAAUGGAUAGUACAGUCAAUUAUUUACAAUGCCCGACUGGGGAAAAGCGGGAAACGGACGAAUAUGAACUCUACGGACAAUUGUUAGCGAAGAAGUUGAAAAAAUUAGAUGAACACCAACGAGACAUCGCGAUGCACGAAAUUGACAAUAUAAUGUUUCGCGCCAAAAUGCAGAGCGGUCCCACGCCGUCUCGAAGUUACUCGUCGUCGCCGUCACCGGUACCUAGAAAACUGAAAUCUCCCAUUUUUAUUAUAGCGCAGCAAAAUAAUCAACAGUACGAAGACGAGAACACGUCGUACCAAGACCACUUGCAGACGGAACCGCCGUCAUAGCAUAGUAUAGUACCUCUUUAGGUACGUGUACUGAACUUUAUAAACAUGUUAUGCCUUGAAUUUAUCUACCAGUGUGUACGAAUGGUAGAUUUUGUUAUAUCAAAAUGGUGCUUAUUAUAUUUUGUGCAAUAAAGUUAAUUGAUACGCCAUUGAUGGCGGUAUUUUGGUUACGUAAAUCUA